GGCAGGAAGUGGGUUGCGGCGGCGGAGGGGUUAAUUCACACUUCGCUCAUCACAGAACGUUUCCGUAUUGUCACCAUUUCCGCUCCGGAGACCGACCGAGGAGAGAGCAUGGGGGACCCCGAGAGUGAGGAGGAGGCGGCGAGACCCCCCCGAUCCGCCCUCCGAGCCCUCAUCCCCGGGAGAGACUUCAUCGCCUCCCGCAAGGGGCAACUACUGCUGGCCGAGUGGGUGGUGUCUUUUCUCACGUUCAUCUGUUACAUCGCAUCGACCGCCGUCAGUCUGAUGACCGUACCGCUCAUAGAGUUCCUUUGGGCUCUCUUUACAUUUUUUGCCUAUUCCACUAAACUGAAUGAGCAGCUGAAGGGGAUCUUGUGGCCUCUGCUGGACUUCAUUCGCUGUGUGUCCGCCGCCAUCAUCUACUUCAUAGUGUCCCUCGUAGCCGUGUCCAAAUAUUCCUGUGCGGCAUCCAAAGCUGCUGCGGUUCUAGGUUUUAUAGCAACAAUUGUUUUUGCAAUAGACUUCUACGUAAUCUUCAAUGACCUCAUCAAGUUUCUGAAGAAAGGCGAGCCCGAGGAGAAUGAGCCACAGCAACAGAAGUCAGAUGAUGACGAAUUUGACUCCGAUUCCGACUGAGCGAGCUUUCUACGCCUGCCCGAGGCCGUGCUGUGUCUGUGCGCCACCAGGAGGAGGAGGAGGUGAUGUCUCCAUCGCACCCACCGCUGACAACUGUCAUCCGGAAAACACAAACUCUUAUUUUUAUAUUCCAUCCCAAGGACGGCUCACAACUGGGAUUUUUUAUUUUAUUUUUUUAAGGAGGAACUCCGCUCCAGAAAGAUGGUGGGAUCCAGGGGCGGACUGAGCAUUCGGGCACUACCCGAGGGCCCCAUGCCACUAGGGGGCCCCACCAGGGUUGCCUCUGGACAAGGACAGUAUGUAAAUAUCUGUGUCUUUAAAAAAAAUCCCAAGAUUAUAGCUG